AUGGUGGGAAGAUUAUCAGGCAAAAAUGCCAUUGUCACUGGUGCGGCAGGUGGUAUUGGCCUCGAGACGGUAAUCCUGAUGCUUCAGGAAGGGGCAUCGGUCCUCAUGGCAGAUGUGAGCGCGCCGAGUCUCGAAAAGGCUCUCGCAAAAGCAAAGGACGUGGUCCCGACACGUCAGGGCCGUGUCGAGGCCAAGGUGGUCGAUGUGAUCAAGGAAUCAGACAUCGAAGCCGCUGUUGAUCAUCUUGAUACGUGGGGAGGCCUCGACGUUAUGUUCAACAAUGCUGGCAUCAUGCAUCCCAGGGACGGCGACGCUGAGGAGUGCUCAGACUCAAUCUGGGAUCUGACCAUGAAUAUUAACGUCAAGGGCGUGUGGUAUGGCUCGAAACAUGCCGUGCGAAGCUUCAGGAAGAACGGGAAGAAGAAGGCGAGUGUCAUAAACACCGCCAGCAUGGUCGCACUCGUUGGGGCUGCCACUCCACAGCUAGCGUACACAGCCAGUAAAGGUGCUGUGUUGGCCUUGACCAGGGAAUUGGCCAUUGUACACGCCCGUGAAGGAUAUCGAUUCAAUUCUCUGUGUCCGGCUCCCUUGAAUACUCCGAUGCUACAAGACUGGCUCGGUACCGACAAAGAAAAGAGACACCGACGAGAGGUGCACUUCCCGACCGGUCGAUUUGGUGAAGCCAUUGAGCAAGCAUGGGCUGUCAUCUUCCUCGCCAGCGAUGAAUCGUCGUUCGUCAAUGCGGCCGACUUUGUGGUCGAUGGAGGUCUGACAAAAGCAUACGUGACGCCAGAAGGACCGCCCACAGAAGCGCCCCAAAAUCUCGGGAAAUGA